AGGGGAUGAAUUUCCUCUUACGUCAUAUUGUUCAGAGUCUGUCGAUUCAGGUCAAGGAGGGGGAGGAAAAAGAGAGAAAGAAAAAAAGAGGGCGAGAUAGAGAGCGCGAGAAAGAGAAAGAAGCAGGUUUAAAGUGCCUUAUUUAUAUGUAUAUUUGAGUUGACUACAUACGGUAUCGAAAGAAAAUAGUUACAUAAAAAAUAAGCAAACCGUCUUCGAAGCUUCGUGUACAUUAUGGAAACCUUCUGCGAAGUGUGACGUGACAGUGUUGAAGUGGGAGAGUGGACGCGAGAGUUUUACACUUGGAGUACAGUAAUUACAUCAGAAAAGACAACACGGAAAAAGUUUCCAUGAAUUAAAGAAUUGGCCAAGCAGCAGGCCUCGCUGUGUGUCUCAGCAACAGGUUUCAUCAUCGAAACUCGCUAAAGCAGGGAGCGCUGAGAUUAAAAGAGCAAAGUGAUUUCCCAACCGGACAAACCACAUUAACAACGCGAAGGAAAUUUGUGGACAAAGACGGCUUAUUUUUUUGGUGUCUGUGAGACCAUCUUGUAUUUUAGCCCACAUUUCUGGUGAUUAAUCUGGGAAACUAUUACUUUUAAAUGCGGUACGAAGGCAAAAUGAUGCCGAUGUUUCUUACCGUUUACCUCAGUAAUAAUGACCAGCAUUUUACAGAGGUCCCAAUUACACCUGAGACAACAUGCCGUGAUGUGGUUGAUCUGUGCAAGGAACCUGGAGAAACUGAAUGCUACUUGGCAGAGAAGUGGAGAGGUUCAGAGCGUGCUAUUGCUGAUAAUGAAAGAAUGCGAGAUAUUCUACAAAAAUGGGGUCAGCAGAGAACAGAAGUUAGAUUCUUUCUUAGACAUGAAAGACCACCUUUCAGAGAAUCAGGUGUAACAAGGCCUCAAGAUCAGUCUGCCAAGAGGAAUGGUGUGAAAAACACUGCAGAAAAGAAAAUGGAAAAUGGAAUAGGAGGUCCUCGGAUGGAUAUGACAUUAACUGAGCUGCAAGAGAUGGCAUCACGGCAGCAGCAACAAAUUGAAGCCCAACAGCAGCAACUGGCCUCCAAGGAGCAAAGGCUGCGUUUUCUCAAACAGCAGGACCAGCGGCAACAACUGGUUUCUGAGCAGGAGAAACUGCUAAAGCUGCGAGAAAUUGCUGAGAACCAGGAAGCCAAGCUGAAGAAAGUCAGGGCCCUUAAAGGGCAAGUGGAGCAAAAACGUCUUAGCAAUGGAAAACUUGUGGAAGAGAUUGAACAAAUGAACAGUCUGUUCCAGCAGAAACAGAGGGAACUGGUUCUGGCUGUGUCCAAAGUUGAAGAACUUGGUAGACAACUGGAAAUGUUAAAAAAUGGAAAGAUUGAUAGUUUGCAUGACAAUCAAAGUGCUGUUGCAGAACUUGACCGACUGUACAAGGAGUUACAGUUAAGGAACAAACUGAACCAAGAACAAAAUGCCAAGUUACAACAACAACGUGAAUGUCUAAACAAGCGCAACUCUGAGGUAGUAUUAAUGGACAAACGAGUGAAUGAGCUCCGCGACCGUCUCUGGAAGAAAAAGGCUGCUCUCCAACAAAAAGAAAAUGUACCAGUUCCAUCAGAUGGUACUACACCUCAGCAGACUGGAUUGUCACAGAGCAGAGUGGCAGCAGUUGAACCUUAUAUCCAAUCUUGGCCCCGUGGCACAUCCAAACCAGAGAUUAACAAACCUGCUUACACCGAUGGCAAUGCAGUGCUGCCCACUCAGGAUGGUCCUCUAAAAGUUCAGCUCCAACCAAGUGGAAAAUCAGGCAGUGUUUCACUGUCUAAGCUGACUCCUGGUGAAGACGAAGUAACGAUGAGAGACAAAGGCAAGCAAACCCGUCCAUAUUCUAUGUUUGAAUCAACAGAUGCUUCCUCAAGUGUGCCACCUGCAGGAAAUCUACGAAAAAACCAGAGUACUGAAAAUCUUCUACAGGAAGCACAGAAUGCUCCAAAAUUACCUGUGAAAAUUCCUCCUCCUGUCCCAAUCAAACCAAAAGGUCCUCUUUACAUUUCGUCUGGCAAACCAAUUAUGGUAGACAAGCCAGGUGGCCAGCAAACUCCUGCCUUAAUCACUGGAACAUUUCCUGGUAAGAGCAAACCUGUGCAGCAGCCACCUGCGUCCUCUGUGCCAAAUGAGCAAAGAAACUCCCCUCCAAUAUUACAGCCUUCUGCACUUCAGAGUCACACUCUUCCUCUGCCUUAUAAACAUGAAGCUCCCCCAGCUGCUGCUGUCCGACCUUUUACACCCCAGUUGCCAGCAAAGGAUACGCCGAUAUCAUACCGCAAACCUCAGACUGGAACUGCCAGUUCCAUUUACAACAUGUAUACACAACAUCAAGUAACACCAAGUAGCAAAAUCCAGCCAGCUAUAAAGAAUCCUCCACCUCGAGCAAUCACAUAUGGUAAACCCAUGAUCCCUGGUACCAGCACCUCAUCUUUGCAUCUUUUACAAAGUCAAGAUGUGAACCAGGACCAGAGGGAUGGUGUCGACUUCGACUUUGAGCGUGGUGGGAACAAUUCAGUAUCUGAAGCAGAGCGUAGUCCUAGACCUCUCAGCCCUACCAAACUUUUUCCAUUUCUUAACCAAAAUGACUUGGAAGUGAGGAGGAGAUUGUUUAAUAUUCCAAGGCCUUUAAAGAAACGAAGUUCCAUUACAGAACCUGAGGGACCUAAUGGCCCCAACUACCCAAGGGUGCUUUACAAAAAGCCUCCAUUCUUCCAGCCAAAUACAGUAGCAGCAGAGGAAGCUAGCACAACAAAACAAAGUGAAGAAGUCACAGAGACAGUUGGUGAACCUUCAUCGGUAGAUGUUAAACAAAAUGAAGCUGCUGCAGUAGAUGUUUCACUAAGUGAAGGGAUGAGUCAUGAAAAAGAAAAUAUACCAGAAGAGGAUGAAGACUUUGUGCCCCCACCUCCUUCACGGCCUGCUCCAGUGCCUGAAAUUAUGCAAGGAGCAUUUAAUCCAUUGCCUUUCACCCAAGAAGAUGAAAACAGCCUAAGUGCCCCUCAGCCUUAUGAAAUUCUUACAGAGGAAUACCCUCCAUACCCACCCCCUCCUUAUCCUCUAACAGGGGAUACAGAGAGUCUAGGAGAUGACUCCUUCAGCAUGCGCCCCCCAGAGAUCACUGGCCAACUGACACUUCCACCGGGUAAAAGAACAAAUCUAAGAAAAGCCAAUUCAGAGAGGAUAGCUCACAGUAUGAGGGUGAAAUUUAACCCACUUGCUCUCCUGCUUGAUUCAUCACUUGAAGGGGAAUUUGACCUUGUGCAAAGAAUAAUAUAUGAGGUAGAGGAUCCUAGCCAGCCAAACGAUGAAGGCAUCACAGCUCUUCAUAAUGCUGUUUGUGCAGGUCAUACAGAGAUUGUCAAUUUCCUUGUCCAGUUCGGUGUGAAUGUCAAUGCAGCAGAUAGUGAUGGAUGGACCCCACUUCAUUGUGCAGCCUCUUGCAAUAAUGUACAAGUCUGCAAAUUCCUUGUUGAGUCCGGAGCAGCUGUAUUUGCAACAACAUAUAGUGACAUGCAAACAGCUGCUGAUAAGUGUGAAGAACUGGAAGAAGGAUACAGUCAGUGUUCCCAGUUUCUCUAUGGUGUUCAAGAAAAGAUGGGCAUUAUGAACAGAGGAGUAGUUUAUGCCCUGUGGGACUAUGACUGCCAGAAUGACGAUGAGUUUCAGUUUAAAGAGGGUGACUGUAUGACAGUAGUGCGACGAGAGGAUGAAGAUGAGACAGACUGGUGGUGGGCACGCCUUGGAGAUCAGGAGGGAUACAUUCCCCGCAACUUGCUUGGGCUAUAUCCUAGAAUCAAACCAAGACAAAGAACUCUGGCAUAGGUGGGAUGAAGGCCUAAAGUAGUGGACAUUGCUAACAGACAUAAAAGAAAUUUCACACUAAAUUAACAGACUUUUUUUCAAAAAGAGGUGAAUGAAUUGCAAGUCGAAGAAUUGCAGAAGCUUGCACAAAUGAAGACACCACUAAUAAAUGAAGGAAUGACCUAUGUUUUUUCACAUACAGCAUAGUGAAAAAUACUAAUUGUAUAACAAAAAAUGAUUCAUUAUACAGUGAAAAUGCAAAGAAAUUACUCCAAGAAUAAAUCUUUAAUCUUCACACAAAAUUAAUGCAUUUAUUAUUUAUUGGGAACCCUUCAGAGUAUAAGCGAUUUCUUCACCUAACACACCAUGUGCAUCAUCAUCAAAUACUCAAGCAUUAUAUUCUUCUAAGAGUAAUAUUGGACAUUUUUCUGGAAAAUGUAGUAUUUUUUGAGUAUUACAAUGUUUGUAUAAUCUAGCUUCAAUUAAUUAACAUUUGUAUAGGCAAGUUUUUCACAGAGUGAGUUUUUUUAAUAUAAAUAUUAAGAAGGCUUAUAUAUUUUCCCUUGAGUACAGUUUUUUGUAAAUUAAAUCCUUUUUGACUGUAUACGUACUGUAUAUCAAAUAGGUGCUUAAAAUGUUUUUGGAAAUUUGUAGAUGUGUAUGUUUUUUGUAUUUCUGGAGUAAUUGUUACUGAAACUUUAUUUUUAAAAUACAAAGCAUUUUACACCUAAUGCCCCAUUAAUUGGCUAGAAACUGCUUAACAUGUUUUUGUUUUUUGUGAAGUAACAUUAAACACAAGAUCUAGCACGCUUCAUUUCAUCUGACCUUUCUUCAUCCAGUUUUAAAGGGUCUAAUGUGAAAAGUGUAAAUCCAAUUGCUUAAUUAAUGCAUAGUACAUGUAAUAUUCCAGUAAGAGUAAAUGUGUGAGAAACUUGCCCCUGAAUUAACAAUAUUAUGAGUAAACUAAAAGUGUAUACAAACAAGUUUUAGGUGUCAUGUAGGGCAGUGAAUUAUUAUUUGGUACACCAUGCACAUGAAAACUUUGCCUUCUGUUCCUUUGAUUUUGAAGCCACUUUUUGAAAUUUUCUGACAUUAAAUUAUUUCAUUGUGUUUGUGUAGAUUAAAAACAUUGCAUUAACUCAACUGGAGCAGCUGUAAUCUGUCGAUUAUUGUAGGUUAUGUUUGGUAGAGAUGUGACAGUGCAUUAAAGUGAAGAAAAUAGAUUUCAUCGCUUAAUGUGUUCAUAAAUAUAUUUAUUGUUUUCUUUUUAUUGAUGAUGUUGAAUAAUAGAAACAUUCUUAUAGGUAUAGCCUCAAAAUAUUAAAAUAUUUGUGAAUAAUUUA